UUUGCUCUCUUCAGCCGCGCAUGGACGACCACCUCAGCCUCCUGCAAUCACCCCCGCCGAGCGCGACCAAAACUCGGGGUGACAACCUCGUGAAUCACGGGUACACGGAGACAGAGACCGACGUGAUGACGGUCGUGGCGUGCGACAACAUGCUGGAGGAGUCGGCGGCUCUCCCGGGCCACCACUCUCUGGAUAGAUACGAGCCGGAUCACGAGUGCUGCGAGAGGUUGGUCAUCAACAUCUCCGGCUUGCGCUUCGAGACGCAGCUCAAGACUCUGUCCCAGUUUCCAGAGACGCUACUGGGUGACCCCAAAAAGAGGAUGAGGUACUUUGACCCUCUCAGGAACGAGUACUUCUUCGAUCGGAACCGACCCAGCUUUGAUGCCAUCCUCUACUACUACCAGUCUGGCGGGCGCAUCAGAAGACCCGUGAAUGUGCCCAUUGACAUUUUCUCCGAGGAGAUACGCUUUUACGAGCUGGGCGAGGAGGCUAUGGAGAAGUUCAGGGAGGAUGAGGGCUUCAUAAGGGAGGAGGAGCGGCCGCUGCCAGAGAAUGAAUUUCAAAGACAGGUGUGGCUGCUGUUUGAAUACCCGGAGAGCUCGGGUCCCGCCCGGGGGAUCGCGAUAGUGUCUGUUCUGGUCAUCCUCAUCUCCAUUGUCAUCUUCUGCUUGGAGACUUUGCCGGAGUUCAGGGACGACCACCGGGAUCCGAUCCCCAUUGACCCUUCGAUAAAUGGCACACUCACGUAUUUCAUCAGCCCCUUCUCUGACCCGUUCUUUGUGGUGGAGACGCUUUGCAUCAUCUGGUUCUCCUUCGAGCUGCUGGUGCGCUUCUUCGCUUGUCCGAGUAAAGCCACGUUCUCCAAAAACAUCAUGAACAUCAUAGACAUUGUGGCCAUCAUCCCGUACUUCAUCACCCUGGGCACGGAGCUGGCGGAGAGGCAGGGGAACGGGCAGCAGGCCAUGUCAUUAGCUAUUCUGCGCGUAAUACGGCUGGUUCGGGUAUUUCGCAUCUUUAAGCUCUCGCGUCACUCCAAGGGGCUUCAGAUUUUAGGACAGACUCUAAAAGCCAGUAUGCGUGAACUGGGCCUGCUCAUAUUCUUUUUGUUCAUUGGUGUCAUCCUCUUCUCCAGUGCUGUUUAUUUUGCCGAGGCAGACGACCCAGAUUCGGGGUUCAGCAGCAUCCCAGACGCCUUCUGGUGGGCUGUUGUCACCAUGACCACUGUGGGUUAUGGGGACAUGCACCCCGUGACAAUCGGGGGAAAGAUAGUUGGAUCUCUGUGCGCAAUAGCCGGUGUGCUUACCAUUGCCCUGCCCGUGCCCGUCAUCGUCUCCAACUUCAACUACUUCUACCACAGAGAGACUGAGGGCGAGGAGCAGGCACAAUACCUACACGUGGGCAGCUGCCAGCCCCUGACGGACACGGAGGAUCUGGGGAAGACUCGCUCCUCUUCCUCACUCAGCAAGAGCGAAUAUAUGGUGAUAGAGGAGCAUGGGAUCAACAGCGCGUUCAAACAACAGCCCAACUUCCCCACCACCGUGCACAACAACUCGCAGAAUUGUGUGAACAUAAACCAGAAGAUUUUCACCGACGUGUAGCCAGUUUUUAAGAGUUAUGGCAUUUGUAUGGACACAGGCGAGGGGGGGGGGGGUGAUGUGUCAACACAGCCGGUUCUGUUGUUGGAAUCCCUGGGUUAGAUAGAGGGAGCGAGGAAAAGAAAGAACAAACCCUGUCUGUUCAGAUCCGCGUCUUUGUGCUCCAUUUAAUCCAGAAAUAAUUUUACAUCAGUGAUCUGAACUCAUAACUCUGUAUGUAUCCAUGCGCAAUUGGAGAGAAAAGCUCCUUGAAGUAUUAAGCCUAUACUAUUCCUUUCUUAGGGAGGGGGGGUACCUGUUGUGCGUUGUGCAAAAGCCAAUAUAUGAUCACAACAUGCAUAGACAUAGAAGCCGUAACUGUGAACGAAGAGCGCAAAUGUAUGCUGCUCUGAGAACACUCACAUUGUAUUAACAUGCGUUAUGAGUGAUUCGUCAGUCAUAGCCUGUGUAUAUUAUUCUGAAUCAUUUAAGUGUGCGUAAUGUCUGAAAAAACAGUUCAGGAUAUAUAAUCUCAAUUAGACCGUUCUGUGCUAUUUGCCUUUAUCGUGCGUUAAAGUCUAGUCCGGGUGCUACUGUCCAGCACCCGGUCUAAACCCUCUUUGUUUCCCGAUAGGCUGUUCAAUGCGUAAACGGCCCGAUGUAAACACAGGGGCCAUGCAGCCAAGUGUCAGUGUGUCGUCAUCGGUGCAGGACGCACGUGAGAGAGGAAAACCACACACAACACACUCAGUCGCGCACUCACACAGCGAUCAGAGAUGGAGCGUGCCUCUAACAGAGCCCGCUGUGAUGUAGUCUCCAUGGCGACGUUCGUUUCCGCGGUAACCCCUAGUCGCCGUUGCCAUGGCACCCCUUGUUUCCACAGUAACCUCCGAGAUGGCUGGGGAGCUUCCCGUGGAAGAUUCACAUCUGAACGGCUGAUCUCUGGUCUGUAACAAGAUUAUCAUCUUUGCCAUCGUGCGCUGAGUGCGUAAAAUACGAACCCCUGCUCGCUCCAGAGCCACGUGAAAACAAAGAAAAAGUUGCAACCACGAACUGUCCCCUAAACAUCAGAGCUGGGGGGGGGGGCGCAACUCAGGGAGGCGCUACACCAGGAGACAGCAUGUGAGGAAUUAUGAAUGGGACUGGGAUGCACUAUAUCCAUGAGUGCGCUACUGCGGGUGCUCACCAGAGGCCGCUGUUGUGCCACUGAAUGAAAUGGUAAAGCUUGUUCCGUUUUUCUGCUCACAACUCCUGGAACCCCUGACGACCCCAAUUAGACUACAUCCCAUACAGGGGUGCAAUGAGUCUUCCUGUUGGCCAAAAUUAAGAGCUGAGACCGAACACGCACUGGAUCUGAUUUUCUUCCCCCAGUCCUCGUCCUCCUGACUCUUCAAACCUUCUAACAAGUGGUGCCACACAUAUCUCCUCCUCCAGUGGACCCCCAUUCGUUCCGAAAUGGAAAAAGAAAAUGCAAUCACAACACAGAUGAAUAACAUAUUCUACUUACAGCUUUGUAGCUGCAGCUUUAUGACUGAUUCUGUUGUUGAGUUGACACAGUGUGAGUGGAACCAUCAGAGGAUCAGAAGUGGUUGAGACAGUGACAGAAUUCAGAGGGAAGUGUUACGGACUCUGACGUUUCUCCAAACUGCUUCUGUGUAACAAAUCAAAAAGGACUGCUUCAGGAAAACAGCCAGCAGUUUUGCAAAGCACAUUUGCAUUUCUGGACUUUCUACUUUCUGUUUCCAUGUUUCUGGCACAUGAUGAUCAUUGCGGACGAAAACUGUCAAACAGCUUUUGCUUCAAUUCAAAAAGUGGCAGAAAAUUAAGCCAAAUCGUGAUUUGCUGAUAUGAAACUGUGAUACAAAUCAAAGACUGUUAGCCAUAUGCCUUUGUUAGCUCUGUGUGCCCCUUAUAUUGCUAACAUGUGAAACACAAACUGUACGUGUGCUGGUUGCUGCUACUCCCCUGACCUACACAUGAAGAACUAAACCAAGUAGUGCACAUACUCAUACACACGCACACUCACACAGACUGUUUCUUCAAUCCCAGAGUGCACUGGUGUUUUUCUGGGACGGGGCAGAAUGUUGUCAUGGGGAAGGCGGUAUUUGUUCCGUGUUAUUCUGUAAUGUCUUAAACAUG